ACCGUCCUCAUGAAUGUGCUCUUUGCACACUGACCGGAUUUUAGUGUCGUACACCGAGCGGAGGACGCAGCAGAUACACUAUCACUCCAACCUCCACCACCCGAGACAACUUCCCCUCACUCUGUGCUCUGCUUCAGUGCAAACAGCGGAAACAACGGGAAUAUAAAUCCAUCCAGCGGGCUUUUCUGUGCUCUCACAGGACAGAAGAAGACACACGGCUGAGUCGAGAGGAAGUCACUCUACUUUAUUCCGCUUUUUCUCUGAAAAGUUAACAUCGCCAUGUCUUGCGGUGAUGCGUCGGAUCAGAGUCGGAGGUUCUGCGUGUUGUCUUGGGAUCAGGUGCGGCGCUUGGACUCGAUCCUCGGGGAGGCUGUGCCCAUCCACGGCCGAGGAAACUUCCCCACUCUGUCCGUGCAGCCACGCCAGAUUGUCCAGGUUGUGCGGGCAAGGCUGGAGGAGAGAGGUGUGUGUGUCAAAGACGUGAGACUGAACGGGUCUGCUGCCAGCCACGUGCUCCACCAGGACACUGGACUGGGCUACAAAGACCUAGACCUGAUUUUUGGUGUGUCGCUGAAAGACAACCAGGCUUUCCGUCUGGUGAAAGACGUCGUGCUGGACUGUCUGUUGGACUUCUUGCCAGCCGGGGUCUCAAAGGAGCGCAUCACGGCACUGACCCUCAAGGAGGCCUAUGUACAGAAACUGGUGAAAGUCUGUAAUGACACGGACCGCUGGAGCCUCAUCUCGCUGUCCAACAACAUGGGCAAGAAUGUGGAACUUAAAUUUGUGGACUCUUUGCGGCGGCAGUUUGAAUUUAGCGUGGACUCCUUCCAGAUUUGCCUCGAUUCGCUGCUUUUAUUUGACCGCUGCUCGGAGACGCCCAUGUCUGAGAGCUUUCACCCCACCGUGAUCGGGGAGAGCGUGUACGGGGAUUUCGAGGAGGCCAUGGAUCACCUGUGCCACAGGACCAUAGCUACACGCAGCCCCGAGGAAAUCAGAGGGGGCGGUUUACUGAAAUAUUGCCACCUACUGGUGCGAGGGUUCACGGCCUCCUCUGAGGCGGACAUGAAGCAGAUGCAGCGCUACAUGUGCUCGCGCUUCUUCAUUGACUUCCCUGACAUAUGCGAGCAGCAGAGGAAGCUGGAGGCCUACCUGCAGAACCACUUUGCCGGGAUGGAGCACAAGCGGUACGAGUGUCUGAUGACUCUGCACCAAGUCGUGAACGAGAGCACGGUGUGUCUCAUGGGCCACGAGCGGCGCCAGACGCUCAGCCUCAUAUCCAUGCUGGCGCUGAAGGUGCUGGCCGAGCAGAACGCCAUCCCCACUGUGACGAAUGUCACGUGCUACUACCAGCCAGCUCCCUAUGUGCAGGACAUCAACUUCAGUAAUUACUAUAUCGCACAUGUUCAGCCACCGCAGGUGUCACCGUGCAAUAAUUCAUAUCAGACGUGGCUGCCGUGUAGCUGAACUGACCAUGACGGGAUGGUCCGCGGUGGAUACUUCGCCAUCGCUCCUCGUCUUUUCAGAGAAAAUGGACUGAAAAUACACUAAAAAUGAACCCCACGUUUGCCAAAUGUGACUUAACUACAACAAUCUUGUACUGCUGUACAUCUGAUUGAGCCGACAUAUGAACUUUUCUCACGUUGCUCUUGCAAAACAUCUGUAAGAUUGCUGGUCAUUUCUGAGAUGUAGUGACAAUAUCUUAUUUAAGUAUUAUAUAAAAAACAACAACAACGACUUUAUAGAGUGUAUGUCAGAAAUACAUUUUGAGGAAACAAACAUCAAAGCUGGUAUUAUUUUCAUACUCUGGCUUUAUUUUUAUUUCUUUUUUAAUUACAUACUGGACCAAAGAUGUAUUU